AUGCAUCCAGACGACGAGCCCCGCAAGCGCACGGCGCGCGCUUGCGACUCCUGCUACCGACGCAAGAUUAAAUGUGACGCGGCACAACCGCAAUGCAACUGGUGCAGCCACCAUAACCUGCCCUGUACCUUUGACCGGGUGGUGCAGCGGAAGAGAAGACCGACAGAUGAUGGCGGUCGGCCCAAGGCUUCUCGUUUGUCAGAACGCAUCAGCCGUAUUGAGCAGGUUCUUGCCGACAAUUUCUCGAUGCAUGAUACGGACUCUGUCCCCACGGAUCUAUCGCAAGUUCUGGAUGACAACGCAACUGCGGGUAGCUCACCUAGCACAGCCAGCAGCAAUCAGCAGCCCCUCGUGCCAUCUACAGUGGGCGUCCACUUUGCAGGCCGAGAGCUUGGCGCGAUAAGUCUACUCACUGGUAUCCCAUUCCUUUUGCCAGAGGGACAAGAAUGGAUUCAGGCGCGAACUGGGCAAACUAUCUCGCGGGACAAGCUGAGCCCAACUCGGGCCCCGUGGGAGAAAGAACGUGGACAAAGCUCUCAUAAUCUUUUCACGAACCUUCCUAACCAGAAUAUGUUUGAGCUGCCAGACUGGCGGGUGGUUCGUCUCUAUUUCGAGGCCUAUAAGAGCUCGCUCGUCAUGCAGCGGUUGUUCCCGGUUGUGGAUGCCGAGCUUUUCGAGGAGACGAUCAUAUCCGCCUACCAGCAACCCCAAUCUACAUUCCGGGUAGGACAAGCUAGUACUCGAGCUUGUAUCAUGGCUUUCUUAGCUUUUACUGCGCGUCUCCCUCCUAUUAAAGAAUUUGCACAGAACUCGCCGUUGGGAAAUGUGGACUAUGAUGCCAUGGCUACCAGGGGCCAGUUUCUUCUUUCGCAGGUCUUGCAGGAGCCGGCAAGCCUGGAAGGAGCCCAGGCAGCUACUAUGCUCACACUCUAUGAACUUUCCUCAGGAAACAUGCGCGCCACCAACUACUUUGGAGCCAUUACCGCGAGGCUUUUGUUUAUGCUUGGUGCCAAUCUUGGCACCACUAAAGCAGCUUUGCAAGGUGGUCGCCCCCAGAAACGACAGCAGGCUCUGCGAAACCUGUUCUGGAUCAGCUACACGCUUGACAAAGAUGUUGCCCUUCGAACCGGGCAACCUCCAACCAUCGCCGACGAAAACUGCGAUUUGACCCUCCCGCCGGGCUAUCUAGAUCGUGCAUUUAAGGACCCAGAGCACCAAGAUUCGCAAUCCAUCGAGCCAGUCUUCCCGUUUGACCUGCGUCUCAGUAUCAUCAAGUCUCGAGCACAUAGCGCCUUGUACUCGGUGAAAUCAUUACAGAAGUGUGAUGCGGAUUUACUUAAAUCUAUUCGAGAAUUGGAUGAUGAAUUGGAGGAGUGGCGUCUCUCGAUUCCGCAGCAGUGGCGCCCAACCAUGUCUUUCGCUCCCGACGCCUCCGAUCCCAAUGUUAGUAUGCACUCGGUUAUGUUGCGAGUCAAUUACUACUUGUGCAUGUCGAUCAUUCACCAGGCGAGCAGUCGAUGCAAGGCGUGGAUAAAUGGAAGUGGGUUGGUGGAUGGAGUCAGCUCAAGUCUCACGUUAUCUGUCGAAGCGAGUCGGUCGACUUUGUGCUACCUGGAGGCAGCAGAACAUGUCUUAGUCGAUGGUGUCUUCUGGACACUAAUCUUCUACCCAAUAUCUGCGCUCUUGACCAUCUUUUGCAGCAUUCUCCAAAACCCACUGGACCCUCGCUCACGCGACGACAUGGACUUGCUGAGAAUGGCGACGGUCAUGAUGGAUCGCAUUUUCUCACGCAAACUGCCAGAGAACGAAGUCGUGCACUUCAAGCUGGUGGCUGAUUUUGUGGUCGAGCUCAAACGACUCGCCGAGUGUGCCAUUGACAAAGCGUGGCGUGAGCAGAGUGCUGGUUCGCAUCUACCUCAUUGA